AUGGUUGUGGGCCUCCGCGCCGGCAGGCCUAACCACCGCCGGAGCCCGUACUUCCAGGGCCAGAUUCGGACAUUUAUAGAUGCAAGAAUCAAAUGGGUUCGCGACCCUUACCUUGAUAAGGCAGUUAAGAAUGAGAAAAACCUUAAACCCUUGUUGUCGGCUAAGAAUUUGAUCCUCUCUCAACCCUCCCAAACCCUACUCCUCUCCGCCAUUUCUCCAUUGAAACCCAAGCUUAAUCUUCCGACUACAGCCAUUAAAUUCUUCCAAGAUUAUCCCUUGAUUUUCAGAAUUUUCCGUCCCCCAAUCAAGAAGUCAAUGCAUUUCUCCCACCCUCAUGUUAAGCUCACUCCCAAAGCCCUCUGUCUUCACAAUGAUGAGAGCCUUAUUUUCAAUCUCUUGCAUUAUAAGAUGGAUGUUGCGGAAAGGCUUGCGAAGCUUUUAAUGCUAGCCAGAGCUCAAAGACUCCCUUUUUUUGUGAUUGAGAAGUUUCAGUUUGAUAUGGGUUUACCUCAUGAUUACAGGUUGAGCAUUUUACCUGAUUUUCCUGAUUACUUUAGUAUUUGUGAGAUGGGGUUUAAGGAUUCAAAUGGGCUUGAAGUGUUUGGGUUGGAGUUGGUGAGAUGGAGGGAGGAAUUGGCUUUAUCCUCUUUGGAAAAGAUGGUGAAGAAUGAGGGUAGAAUGAGAAGUAGGAUUAGGUUUUCGAUGAACCUUCCGAGGGGUUUUGAUUUGAGGAAGAAGGUUCUCGAAUGGGUGGAGGAGUGGCAGAACUUACCAUACAUUUCGCCUUAUGAAAAUGCAUUCCAUUUGGCUCCUAAUAGUGAUCAGGCUGAGAAAUGGACUGUUGGAUUCAUUCAUGAGUUGCUCUGUUUGAUGUUGGCUAAGAAGACAGACAAGGAAAGUUUAUUCUGUUUGGGGGAUUAUUUAGGCUUUGGGAUGAGGUUUAAGAAGGCUCUAAGGCAUCAUCCUGGGAUCUUUUAUGUGUCCAACAAGAUUAGGACACAGACUGUGGUAUUGAGAGAGGCUUACAAGAAAAAUUUCCUGAUUGAAAAACACCCAUUGAUGAAAAUGAGGUACAAGUACAUUAGACUUAUGAGUACUGUCAUGAGAAGGGGUAGACCUAUUCGCAAUAUUGUAAUGAAACGGAAGAGACCAUCAUCUGCUGCAGCUAGAAUGCGGAAAAUAAAAGAAAACAGCUCUAAAUGGAGAGAAUAG